GUACCAAAGAMGACGCCCCUGUGCGCAGCAUAUCAAAGCGAAUAUUAUUUUGCCAGUCUGGCAGUUAGUUAGUUGUUUCGUCAGCUGGCUUGAUUUUUAGUAGGUGAAUUCGAUUGCCAAUCCAAUCCAAUCCAAUACGCUCCACGCUCCGCACCAUGUUCUCYGCAUCCCGCACCAUCGCCCGCAGAACCGCUGCGGCCUCCGCCCGAAGAAACCAGGCGCAGACCCAGAUCAAGCGCAAGAUGGGAUCCGACAUGCCGGUUCCGCAAUCCCAGAACGCCCCUCUGUGGCACGGCCACACCGUAAAGCACGAGGGAUGGGAGGAAUACAUCUAUUUCUACUACGCCGCUGGUCUGGCCCUUCAGGCCGCCGUGCUGCUCGGGGCACCAGAAACCUCGAUCGAAUCGUGGGCCCGGUCCGAAGCCAAGGCUCGUCUGUACCUGGCCAGUGAGGAGGGCGGUGCCCAGACCGAGUUUGCCUUUGGUACGCACUACCAAGACCUGGUCAAGAAACAGCACGAAGACCUAUGGACCAAGUUCAACGAGAAGUCUAUUAUUCCUGGAGAAGAUGAUGAUGAUGACGACGACGAAGAUGACGAUGAGGAUGACGACGAUGACGACGACGAGGUACGUUUUUGGGAGCAAACAGCACCAUUACAAAAGGACUUUUUUGUCAGGUUUCCGCUUCUUGGGAAACUUCUUAUAAUGUCAUUGCUUUCCUUUCUUUUCGUUUUCGUUUUGUUUCGUACCACAUCUGUACAUAUACUUGACUCGACUCGGUUCACGUUGCAUUCUUGUCUUCGACGAAAAGGACGAGGAAGAGUGAACCAAGUGAUUUAUUUAUUUUCUCUACGAAUAAUAUGAAUCGGCAUUGCGCAGUCGUAGUAUAAUGCGGCGUUUCGGUCAUCUUAUGCGAUGCAACGUGWUCAGGCAUCAUAUUCCCUGCUUUGACUCGGUCCAGCUCUUUUUUGCUUGGAAAACUCAUGGAACGAAACGGAAUAUUCCUGUCUUCAAAAAAAUACGAAAAAAAAUAAAAUGAAAGCAUCAAA